ACACAGCUGUGCGCGCAGAGGAACUGACACUCUUCUUCAGCCGAGACAGGAACUGUGUCCUUCUCCUUCCACACCAGGAAGAGUCAUGUUCGCAGAAAACACGACGCUAAACCUGUAAAUAUUUCUACUGCGACUGUAAAAGUUUGACCGCGACGAGAAGAAACAAGAAUUUAUUCAGAGAUGUCUGUGAGUAGCCACGAAAACCGCAAAUCCAGGUCGAGCUCCGGCUCCAUGAACAUCCACCUGUUCCACAAAACAUCACAUGCUGACAGUCUGCUUACUCAAUUGAAUCUUCUGCGCAAACGCUGUGUCUUCACGGAUGUUGUGCUCCGGGCCGGAAAUCGAGGUUUCCCGUGUCAUCGGGCCGUCCUAGCCUCCUGUAGCCGCUACUUUGAAGCCAUGUUUAACGGCGGACUCAAAGAGUCCCGAGACGCGGAAGUCAACUUCCACGACUCGUUGCACCCGGAGGUCCUGGAGCUCCUCUUGGACUACGCAUACUCCGCCCGCAUCAUCAUCAAUGAGGAGAAUGCUGAGUCAUUGCUUGAGGCCGGAGACAUGCUGCAGUUCCACGACAUCCGAGAUGCCUCGGCAGAGUUCCUAGAGAAGAACUUGCACCCGUCGAACUGCCUUGGGAUGAUGCUCCUCUCUGAUGCACAUCAAUGCCAAAGGCUUUACGAGCUCUCCUGGCGCAUGUGCCUGGCGAAUUUCGCUACCCUUUACCGCACCGAGGACUUUCUGAACCUCCCGAAAUUUCAAGUACAGGAGCUGAUCUUCAGUGAGGAGCUCGAGGUGGAGGAUGAGAGCGUAGUGUAUGAGGCAGUUAUAGACUGGGUGAAAGCUGAUAUUGGAAGGAGAAUCUCCGACUUGCCUGAGCUAUUGCGCUGUGUCCGUUUAGCGCUUCUUCCAGAGACCUACCUGCUCAAAAGCGUUGUCACUGAAGAACUCAUCAUGGGAGAUAAAGUGUGUCGAGAGAUUGUCGAAGAUGCCGUAAGAUGCAAGAUGAAGAUCCUCCAGAAUGAUGGUGUGGUCACUGGUUUCUGUGCUCGACCCAGGAAAGUCAGCCAAGCGCUACUUCUUCUGGGAGGCCAGACUUUUAUGUGUGAUAAAGUGUACAUGAUAGACAACAAAACAAAGGAGAUCAUGCUCAAAACUGACCUUCCCAGUCCUCGAAAAGAGUGCAGCGCCUGCGCUAUUGGCUGUAAAGUUUACGUCACAGGAGGCAGAGGCUCUGAAAAUGGUGCUUCUAAAGAUGUCUGGGUCUAUGAUACUUUACAUGACGAAUGGUCCAAGGCUGCGCCGAUGCUUGUAGCCAGAUUUGGACAUGGCUCGGCCGAACUGGACCAUGUCCUGUAUGUUGUAGGAGGCCACACUUCUUUGUCAGGCUCAUUUCCUGCCUCUCCAUCAGUCUCGCUCAAACAGGUAGAACAGUACAGCCCACAAUCUAACAAAUGGACUCUAGUUGCACCUCUUCGGGAAGGUGUGAGCAAUGCUGCGGUCGUAGGAGCUAAAAACAAGCUCUUUGCUUUUGGUGGAACCAGUGUCAACAGGGACAAGUACCCCAAGGUGCAAUGUUUUGACCCCUGCGAGAACAGGUGGACGGUGCCAGCCGCUUGUCCUCAGCUUUGGCGUUACACAGCAGCAGCAGCUGUUGGCAAUCACAUCGUGGUCAUCGGCGGAGAUACAGAGUUCUCGGCAGGCUCGGCGUAUCGGUUCAACAGCGAAACAUAUCAGUGGACUAAAUUCAUUGAUGUCACAGCCAAAAGGAUCAGCUGCCAUGCUGUAGCCUCGGGGAACCGACUCUAUGUGGUGGGGGGGUAUUGCGGCGCUCAGAGGUGUAAAACUCUGGACUGUUACGACCCCUCGACUGACUCUUGGGAAAGUGUGACUAGCGUCCCGUAUUCCCUCAUUCCCACUGCGUUUGUUAGCACCUGGAGAUACCUGCCAUCCUGAACGUGACAACCGGUUUGAUGUCCAGUGUCGUGAGGAAUGCAGGGGAAUGUGUCCUCUCGUUGGCUGAGGAAUGCAGGGGGUGGGGGGAAAGAAAACACAGAAAAAGAAAGAACGAAUGAAAGGAAGGAAGAAAGACAGACAGAAGCCUGCUGAGGAAUAAAAGAAAGGUACAAGAAAGGAGCACUUGCCAAUUCGCAAAGGAAAAAGUAGAGAGUUCGGCAUGUAGGCGAUAAAUCAAGAGUGGACUUUUUCUUCAACUCUAAAUUAAAUCUGAAAGACUGUAAGCUCUGCACACACACAUCAAACCCUGCCCUGUUAUUCCCUCUUUUUUCACCUCCUUUGAUUUUCAAGGAGGGUUUUGGUUUUCACUCUGAGAAUUUGACGCUAAAACGAACUGGAGAAACACUGUGUUAGAUGUUGGUUUAACCUCGAAGGUUCGGGAUUUAGCCUGAAACAACACACUGGUUAUCAGGACGAGGAAGCUGCGGCUCAGCUCGGUGUUUAAAACACAACUCGCUGUCAGCUGGCUGAGUUAAUGAGUGAUGUAUUAAAACUGUCGCGCCCUGUGCGGAUCUUUUUUGUUGUUGAGAAAGGAGAUAUAAAUGCCUGGAUACACAACACAUACACGUUUAAUUAUCCUGGCUGUCGUAUAUUUAACAUAUUGCUAAAUAUUGUGUGUUCAGGGAGCUCGAUGAAUCAUAUGAAGGCUCCUCUUCGCACCGUUUUUGUGUGGAUCAAACGACUUUCAGACUACUUUUAAAACUGAAUAUUUAACUUUUGUGUUUGAUAAGCUGACCGUAGGAAAAAUGUACUACUUUAUUGUCAUUUUUUUUGUCACUUGCAUAUUGUUGUAGCAUUGUUUGUCCAUUAUUGUACUAUACAUAAUGUAGCCUACAAUUAAUAUAGAUUUUGUAUAUGUUAAUGUAGCUUUUUAUGUUAUUUUUAUGUUAAUGGUUUAACACUGUCAGAUAGAAUGAAUGAUUUUCUCCCAUCUGUCGUUUCAGAUAAAAUCUACACUAGAGCUGGGUGAUAUGAUUAUAUAAUAUCGAUAUUGCGUAGAGACACCAGUUUAGCUAAAAUUGACGCUAAAACAUCCCAUAACUUACGCAGACAUAAGCUACUGAAUAUUUUGGCUGAUUUCAGGUUUAAAAAAAACAUUUAUUAAAUUAAGGCUACCCUAUUUUUAUACCAAUAAAGCUAAAAAGACAAAUUUAUAUAAUGUCAAAAAAAUUACUUAUGUUUUUCUGCUUUCGUAAGAAAUGCUGUUCCAAAAACGAAUCAUCGUGAACCGUAUUAAGUAUCGUGAUGUGAUAUUUGUGCCAUGUCACCUAGCCCUAAUCUGCACUGUGCUAUAAAUCAUCCUUUUGUGAACUUCUGCUAUCUUAAGAUGUUUUUUACUCUAAUGUUCAUAAAUGUUACUGGCUUAAACUUGUUCCUCAGUAAAGAGACAUUGUUGGCAAUAUAAAAAAACAAACUGUCUUCGUUUCUGUCCUGUGUGUGACAUCAUUUAAGCUGUUGGAUUCUUUAGGUGUCCAUCAUAUCCUGUGGUGACUCACUGACUGAGGGGUUUAACACUCCCUAAUUUAACACAUCUGACUCAACAAGCCCUUCAGGAGUGCAAUUUGUUGUUUUAAAAAAGAAUACCUCCGAGCUAAAUGCUCAAGUCACGUCUAGUUCGUGUUCUUGCUGGAAAGUCCGUCCAAAUGCUAGAACCAGAGCUGAUUUAAACGAUCAUACGCAAAGGUGUAGUCAAUGACUGAACUGUAAAUGUGUUUCUGUUUGUAAAGGAAAAUGGCCAGGGUUAAAGUUUGUGCAGAGGUGCCAAUAUUUACAGUUUAGCCGUAGCAUUUGGAGCAGUGGGGUGGCGACGCUACCUGUUGUCAGUGGUAUGUAUUAUGAAAGGAUGCUAAUAAAUGAACAGUAAUCAGUGACUGGGUGGCGUGAUGAAGCGGGGUUACAAGACAGUUUAAUUCCUGCAAUAUGCCAACGAUUACAAUUUUUAUUUAUUAAAGGAUGAAAACUUGUAUUGUUUAUCUGUUUAUAAUUGAAUCGAAUGUUAGGGAAUGUCUGUGAAACAAGUUAGUUUCUGUUCUCGCUUAUGUUAUAGCAGCAUUAAACAUUUGUUCGCCUCU